GGGAGGGCACUAGCGGGACAAGGGUUGCCCUGGCAACUGUAACAUAACGUAACGUCCGUUGAUUUAACGUUAAAACCCCUAUAGGUACUGCCGUCGUCCCGUUCAGGAAACGGACUUUGUGUGGACGAAAUGAAUUAGUCGUUAUUUACAUUUAAUCAAAAAGACAGCAAAACAAGUUAGAAUCCCUUUCAUAGAAAGAAGAUGGAGUGUGAGACGGCGGGGACUGUACGCUCGACACCGAGUCGCCACGAGAAAAGUUUGGGGCUCCUGACGAUGAAGUUUGUCAGUCUACUUGAAGAAGCUAAGGAUGGCGUCCUUGAUUUGAAAGUGGCGGUAGAAAGCUUGGCGGUGAAGCAGAAGAGGAGGAUAUAUGACAUCACCAAUGUAUUAGAAGGAGUGGGGCUCAUCGAGAAGAAAAACAAGAACGUGAUCCAAUGGAGGGGAGAGAACUCAAGUUGCCAAACUCAGGAGGUGGUGGAGCAGGUGAAGGUUUUGAAGGCCCAAAUCGCUGAGCUGGAGGCCCAAGAGAAAGAUCUGGAUAAGCAGAAGGCAUGGCUAGAGGAGAACAUCAAACACCUCAGCCAUGAUCCCAUCACCAGCACUUAUAAAUUUGUGACACAUGAAGACAUCUGCAAUGCCUUCAGUGAAGACACUCUGAUUGCUGUAAUGGCUCCUGCUGGGACUCAGCUGGAGGUGCCACUACCUGAAAUGGGCCAGAGUGGUCAGAAGAAGUACCAGGUGAACCUACGCAGCCACUCGGCUCCCAUCCAGGUUAUGCUCAUCAGCAGGCAUUCAGACUCCGAAAUACCUGUGGUCUUCCCUUUGCCACCUACUGACAGCAUCUGUCCAGUGCCAACUCCACCCAGCACCCCUGCCAGCCUGCAGAGGUUCCCUCACUCGUCCAUAUACUGCACCAACACCACCUCCUCCUACUGCAGCCAGGACUCUGUCUGCUCAGACCACCAGAUGGUGCUGCCAGAACAUGAUGACGUGCUGACGCCGUUGUCCUCCCCUCCUGAUGUACAGCUGGAGUGUCCUAGUCGGUCAGCAGCAGUGUUGGGGCAGCAGCAGAUGGACCUGGCAGACCCAGAGUUCCAGUCUGUACUGGACAUGAGCAGCCUGCUAAUUCUCAAUGCUGCCAGAGACCACAUGAAGGAUGACAGAGAGGGAGAUAUUGACCUGAUUGAUGAGCUAAUGGCUACUGAUGACUACAGCUUCCACCUGGACGACAACGAGGGAGUGUGUGACCUGUUUGAUAUGCAGAUCCUCAAUUACUGAUAGCCAGCCGCACCUCUGAUGUACACAAAGACUUCAAAGAUGCCUUUUCAUUUUUUUCCUUUUUUACAAUUGCACAACUGAUACGUAAAGUGAGAGUACGUCCUAUUGUCAUCUUAAAGACCCUUUCACACAUUAGACUUCACGGCUGUUUGCCAGAUGACUCAGUUUAUUUUACUGGCCUUUUGUCCUCGGCCAGCACAAAACUAAGUGCAUGAAUUUGAAUUUACUUUGCCAUAUUCAUGUCGCCAAGAGUCAUUAUGUGUCCACUGAGUUUUUGAUGAUUUAGUGGGAAAAUAUCUACAACAUUCCAGAGAGAAAAUAUAUGGAAUAAGCCAGGAAAAAAAAUCCUUCAGCCUUCUACUGCACUUUUGCAUGUACGCAUUUUUGUAUUUUUCCACAUGUACGCAUUUUUGUAUUUUUCCACAUCCAGUGGAAAGCCUGAGACUUGAAGACGUCUGCUUUACUUUCCUUACAAACAGUUGGGAUUGUGGCAGUGUUUUUGCUUUAGCUCACUCACAGUAACAAUUCAGUAUUGGCUUCUUCGUAACAUUUGAUACAGGGUUGGUGAUCUAGUUCAGGGUAUGUAAGUAAACAACAUAAUUAAUAUUGAAAACAUAUUGUGUAAAAACCUAACCAAUUCCAUAGUUAUAUUUCAUAAAGUGGCAUAUUGUAUUUAAUGUGAAUGUUCUGGUUGCAUUUUGUAACCUUGUUCUUAUGUGAAAAUGCCAGAAAGUUUUGUUUUUCUAAAUUAUUGUGGCACUGCCGUUUUAGGCCUUUUGAAUUUUUGUUAUAAGAAAAGUCGUAUAAUUACAGGUAUAUAUUUGAAUAAUCGAUAUUUUUUACUUAAUUUAAGAAAAAAAAUCAUUUGUAGUUUGGGUUUGUUGAAACUGAAGCUGAUUGACUGCCUUAAUUGUAAUUUAAUAAGUGAAUUAGCCAUAUUUUUGAUCUGAAAUAUCAGAUGUGGGUCUUAAGUUGCUUUUUUGUAUAUUUAUAGUUUCCCUUGAAGAAGUCAUGUUUUUUGUUACAUUUUGUUGUUUAUUUGCACUGUUUUUUUAAUAAACUGAUUUAAUGUUGACUGACAAAC